AUGGUGCUUAGCUAUCCGACGUCACAAAAUGCAGAUGCCCUUAUUGCACUUUUAGAUAUGAAAAAAAUUUUUCCCUUAGAAAAACCUGAGCCUCAAGAACUGUUGUCUCCUCCAAAUAUAACAGAAAACGGAGAAACGAAACCAAGAAGACCUAUAAACGCAUUCUUUAUAUUUCGACAAAAUGUUAUACCCGAAGCUAAAAGGGUAGGCGUAACAAAUAUGCAACUUAUCAGCAAAGUGGCAAGCAUUCUAUGGAAAAAAGCGCCGGAAAGCGAUAAGCAAAAUUACAGAAACCUGGCAGCAGAAGUUUCUGUCUUACAUCGACGAAAAUACCCAAGCUUCCGUUACGCUCAAGUUCGUUCAAGUUUCUCCUUCAGACGACAAGGAUUUUCUCGACCAUUUUCUCAACCACCAAACACUAAUAAUACACCAUCUUCCCAAACAUCAAAUCCUCUUUCUUCUCCUAAUUUUAACGAGAACGCCUUUUCAAAUACUCAUUUCGCUCCCAUUACAAUAAAUCAAUCCAGCUACAGUAGUUUCAUAGAUCAGUCUUUAGGAAACGUAAAUGUCAACUUAAACUUACGCGAUACAACGUUCCUAGGAAUUCCUUUGGAUGUCGUAGGAUUGGACGUGUAUCCAUUAUUUUUUAAUGGCAAUCAAUAUUGA